GCAAAUCCAGCGAAUACGUUCGUUAGUGUGUUGUGCAUUUAAACGUUCCAACAUGCAAAAUAAAACAAGUGAUUCGGAAAGUUCGCUAUUCGAGUGCUGCAUUUGUCAAGACAAUUUGCAAGCUCCUCAAUUAUGUCCUCAUUGCUCAAAACUGUUUUGCAAUAAAUGCAUCAUCGAUUGGCUGGACAAGGAAAACAGCUGUCCCUGUUGUCGGGCCGAAAUAAAUGUGGAUUCUCUAGUGAAAGCGUGUUCGGUCGCGGGAAUACAGGAAGCUUUUGAACGUCUGACCAAUCGCAACCGUUGCGAUAAGCACAAAUCUCUAGAGCUGGUGCUCUUCUGUAAUGCCUGCGAAGAGUGUAUUUGCACGAGCUGUUGGUUUUCCGAACAUGUGGACCACCGGGAUCAAGCUAUACCAAUCGACAAACGAUGCGAAAUUUUCGAGGAGAACUUAAAACUCCAUCUACAAGGACUAAACGAUCGUUGGGAUAAAAAUAGUGAAGCCACGGUCCAAGCCAACAUAGCCUUACUGGACCAAGAGAGAACACGCGACUCUGAGUUACUCGAAACUAUGAAGACCGAGAGCAGUGCUCAUUUUCAAAAAUUAAUGGAAAAGGAACAAGUGACCUUGGAGAUGCUGGAUAACGAUAAGAAGGAGUUCGCGAAAUUUCACGAAAAAUUUAAAUUCCUUUCAGAACAGGGUAAAACCGCUGCGACAUUGAAUGAGUUGAUAGAAUUUGGUAAAAGUGUUGAGUUGUUCCGUUUGAAGCCAGUUAUAAAUGUGGAAACAUUGGAUUUCGCAAAUAAGAACCUUGCUGUUUUUCCUGAGCCAACAGUUUUUCUCUUUCGCAUGGAGAGAUUCAGAGAAACCAUCGACAAAUUAAGUUUUUACGAAUCAAUUCCGCAAGGUAGUAGCGGAUUUGAAUGGAAGCUUAAAUUAUCUUACGAGGGUAAUGAACUCCAGUGCUACCUCCGAAUGUUAAAAGGUAUACCAGGCGAGUAUGCAGUAUCUCUAAUGGAACAGCCGGAACAGAAGCUUCAAUUUGAGAUUGACACAGCGGUACUGCUAGGAAUAUGUACCACCGACAUUACGGACGAUAUCUUAGAGGUUCGAGUUCUGGUACGGCAGGCUGCGACUUAUGCCCAAAAAUGUUCACAACUUGAAAAUUAUGUCAAACAGAUGGAGAUAAAGGUCGUUGAAUUUAGAAAGCUAUUUCAGUAUUUGACCGAAUGGCAAAACGAAAGUGGCACCCUGUCUUUUUAGCUUUUUUUUUUGUUAAACUGAACUAGAAAGAGAAAGAAUUACAUCGGAAAUUUGAAUUCGUGACAAUGAUAGUUGAACUCACUGGUAACGAAUAUCUGUUAAUAUUAUUUAAAUAGUUCAUGAAAAAGUAGACAUCGGCUUGAUAUACAUUUCAACGCGAAGUAUAUAUAAUUGGGUGCCUUUCAUAUUUCACACGCAACCCGAAUCUUUUCAUGCAAAUUCCUAAACUUGACCCGUUUAAAAUUGAAUUUUUUUGUCGAAUCUGUCGGGUUCAAGCAUAUAAACCAUUUUAACUUUCUACUUAAGCUUAAUAUCGAUAUAGCUUUUCAGGUUCAGUGUAUCUAGAACUAUCGUAUUGAAUCGUAUUUGCCACCGAGUUUCAAAAAUAAGAUAUAAGUAGUUUUAAUGCAAAAUGAGUCUGUUUUAUACGGAGAUACUUGAA